AUGUCCUCAAACGUGCAGGAGCUGCGCUUCAGAGGACCCACAAACUCUCAACAAAAGCCUAAACCACCUCCGGCGCCUCGCCACACCGGUAUCUUGCAGGACCAGCUUCGUAGAGCACAACGUCGACCAUGGGCACCAUCUUUCUCUCUAGCCGUUCGCAUCCUCUUCUUGAUCCGUAUUUCGGGCGCGAUGUAUUCUAAUAUCAAUGAUUGCGAUGAAGUUUUCAACUUUUGGGAGCCUUUGCACUUUCUCGACCAAGGUUAUGGGUUCCAGACUUGGGAGCUUUCUCCAGUUUAUGCUCUUAGAAGUUGGGCGUAUAUUCUGCUGCACGCCCUGCCUCCUCGCAUCGGUAACAUAAUUGUCGCUGGAGACAAGCGUGCAGCUUUCUUCGGUGUUCGAAUUUUCUUGGGUGCAAUCUCGGUACUCGUCGAGGCGAAAUUAUAUCGCGCAAUUACCGAAAGAAUUAACGAACGCGUUGGACGUUAUUUCUUCUUCAUUAUGCUUUUCAACGCUGGGAUGUGGAACUCUGCUACAGCGUUUCUUCCAUCUACCUUCGCUAUGUACACCACUGCUUUGGCUUUUUCCUAUGCUUGCAUCCCAUCAAGUACAGGCAACAAACGAAGGACUUUAGCUGCCACGGUGAUAUUUGCUCUUGGUGGUAUCGUGGGAUGGCCAUUUGCUCUAGCUCUAGCUAUUCCUUUCAUUUUCGAAGAACUCUUCGUGUAUGGGGCAGACACGGUCACCCCCGAGAAUUGGAAUAGUUGGUUUGCAGGUCGUGUUAUCAGAUUGGCUGGGGCAGGGCUGACUGCUUCUCUUAUAUUUAUCCCCGUUAUUGGUAUCGACAGUCUCGCCUACGGAGAGCUUGCAAUCGUUCCCUGGAACAUUAUCCGUUACAACAUCUUCGGAGGCACUGAGCGCGGCCCAACAUUAUACGGAACAGAGCCUUGGCACUUUUAUAUCAAAAACCUUUUCCUCAACUUCAACGUCCUCAUAUUCUUCGCGCUUUUCUCUCUUCCAGCCUUAGUUAUCACCUACUUUGUUGACCGAAAGAGGCUUGGACUCACCAAACCAAGCCCCAACCAAAGCUCGCCUUUCACACUUCUAGGCUUGAGACUUGCGCCGCUAUAUGUGUGGCUGGGCAUCUUGACAUUGCAGCCACAUAAGGAGGAGAGGUUCAUGUUCCCCGCAUAUCCCCUCCUGUGCUUUAACGCCGCCGUGUGCCUCUACCUCGCUAGAGGCUGGUUGGAAACCGCUUACAUCUCGUGGACAAAGUCCCCUUACCAAGCGUCUCAGACGCUCAUUUUCAGCAGAUUUACACUCUCUGUGGUCUUCCUAUCUUCCUUCCUCUCACUCGCUCGCAUUCUCGGACAAUGGUUCUACUACCAUUCUCCUAUGACCGUCGUAUUCGAGCUGCAGUCCGCCGAGCUUCCCCGCCUACUCAACGUCACCGGCCUCCUCCCCGACUACCCAGAAGGUAUGGACGAAGAAGAACGCCCGCGCAUCGACCUGUCACCGAUCAAAGAGUUUGACUUGACGUUAUGCUAUGGAAAAGACUGGUACCGCUUCCCAGGCCAUUUCCUCGUUCCUAACCAUAUCAAGAUCGAAUUUGUGAAGAGCGAGUUUGAUGGGAUGUUGCCUAGACAUUUCGAAGAGAAGCUUCCGACGGACGAGAGGGAGAGUAGUGCGAUUACCGAGCUUGCAGAUAGGUGGUGGUUAAGACCCGAGACUAGAUUCGUGCCAAAAGAUUUGAAUGAUCUGAACAAGGAGGAUGCAUCGCAUUAUGUCCCAGUCAGCGAGUGUGACUAUCUCGUCGACCUUGACUUCCCUCAACACCCCAGGACCUCCGCUCUGGAACCGCGCUAUGCAGUGAUGAGCGAUACUUGGGAGCGCGUCUCGUGCCACCCAUUCCUCGACGCCGAAAAUUCUUUCAUCCUCACAAGAAUGUUCUGGCUUCCUAACUCGGCGUGGCAGGCGAGCAAUGAGUACGGAGAUUUCUGCCUGCUAAAAAACAUCGAGAAAAUACAUGAGAAGGAAGUUAGGAUUGCCAACAGGGUUAAAUCCGGAUCUGUCCAGAAGUAA